GUCUUCCUUCCUGAUCCUUUUACCUUCAGUAGCCAUCUAGUUCUUCAUUUUCCAUCUCGUCUCAUCCACAGAACAACUGCGCAGCUAAAGUAAAACAAUGGAAGAAGAAGGAGAAAUUUCAAAAUCUCUUAUAGAGAAACAAAGCCCCCAACUACUAGCAAGAGGCCACGGCAAUGGUGGAGAAGGAGAAGAAGAAGGGCAGAAGAAUGAUGGAUGUUCUUCAGCUUCAACCAUACUUGUCCUUAGCACCAUGGUAGCUGUUUCAGGUUCAUACGUUUUUGGCACAGCUAUUGGUUAUUCAUCCCCUACUCAGUCUGGAAUCAUGGAUGACCUUUCUCUGUCUGUGGCUCAGUUAAUGGGAUUUGCAGAAGCUUUCUGCAUCAUAGGCUGGCUAGCAAUAGCAUUUGCCAAGGUUUCUUGGUGGCUAGAUGCUGGGAGGCUGCUGGUUGGUUAUGGAAUGGGGCUUCUUUCCUAUGUGGUACCUGUAUUCAUAGCCGAGAUCACACCAAAGAAUCUAAGAGGAGCAUUCACAACAGUUCACCAGCUGAUGAUUUGCUUUGGUGUGUCUUUCACUUACCUAAUCGGCUCUUUCGUGUCAUGGAGAAUCUUAGCUCUCAUAGGAACUGUUCCAUGCAUUAUUCAGCUCUUAGGUCUGUUCUUCAUUCCUGAAUCUCCUAGAUGGUUGGCAAAAAUUGGCAGAGGAAAAGAAUGUGAAGCUGCUUUACAGCUUCUCAGAGGAAAACACUCUGAUAUAUCUGAUGAAGCAGCUGCGAUAAGAGAUUAUACUGAGACAGUUGAGAGGCUUUCUGAAUCCAGCAGCAUGUUUGAGUUGUUCCAGUGGAAAUAUGCUCAUUCUCUCAUAGUUGGAGUUGGUUUAAUGGUGCUUCAACAAUUUGGAGGUGUCAAUGCCAUUGCUUUCUAUGCAAGUUCCAUAUUUGUAUCAGCUGGAUUCUCUGGCAGUGUUGGAACCAUUGCAAUGGUCGUUGUUCAGAUACCAAUGCAAGUAUUAGGAGUCGUGUUGAUGGAUAUAUCAGGAAGAAGGCCACUUCUCAUGGCAAGAUUUCAUUCCAAAAGUUUCUGCAGCAGGCACAGGCUUGGGUUGUUUCCUUGUAGCAUUAUCAUUUCUGCUUCAGGGCCUUCAAGUAUGGACACACAUCUCUCCAUUAUUUGCCCUUUUCGGAGUCCUGGUAAAACUUUCAAACCCUCAGAUUAUCGAAUAUGUGACUAAAUGUUUAGAAUACUAAACGUAACAAUCACUCCGUCAAAUUUUUUCGAAUUGUAUUGCUUCCAUAUAUCAGUGACUGAUUGUGACCUAUUUAGGUAAUUAACCCAUCUUCUUUUCCUUCCUAACUCGCUUCCUACUGCUGCUGCGAACCAGAUCUAUACAGGGUCAUUUUCACUAGGCAUGGGAGGGAUACCAUGGGUCAUAAUGUCUGAGGUACUAAUAUAAUAAACAGUGGAGUAGGGUGAUACAAAUAAUAGACCAAAAAGAUCAAACCUUGUCCAAAAACUGUAAUUAUGGUUUGGAAUUGGUGGUAUGGCAGGUAUUUCCCAUAAACAUGAAGGGGUCAGCAGGGAGCCUAGUGACAUUGAUUAGCUGGUUAGGGUCUUGGAUUGUUUCCUAUGCGUUCAAUUUCCUCAUGGUUUGGAGCUCAUCAGGUGAUCUCUCAGUCUUCUCUUCUUAUCAGUUUGAAUCCUAGAACUUGCUUAAUUUGACUGAUUGUAAUUUGUUUGCAGGGACGUUCUUCAUGUUCUCAGGGAUUUGUGGGGUGACAGUGGUGUUUGUGAUGAAGCUGGUCCCUGAGACUAAAGGAAGAACGUUGGAAGAAAUUCAGGCUUCUAUGAACCCAUUUUCUGGGAGGAGAGACAGAUUUUGAUUCUUAUACUAAAUAGUGCUGGGCUUGGUAUGAGAGUUGGGCUACACUUGGUUAACACGUGAAAACUGAAAACUCCCACCUGCAGCCAGAGAAAAUACAAGAUAGGGUAAUUAUAUUGAAUAAGAUAGGGGUUUGGAUUUUGUAUUCCGGACAAAAAGAUUAUUUUGAAUUGGGAGAAAUUAUUUUGAAAUCCUCAUCGAAAUUCCCAGCUGACUUAGUCAGAGAAAGACUAGUUAUAAAUUCUAAUAAUCUAACUUUAUUAUUUUUGAAUGUUA